GAGAGAGAGAACAGUAGAAUGGUUAAUAUGGUGCUGGAUUUUUUGUAUUUUAUAUGAUUUUUAAGUAAAACGGUACCACGUUUCUCGUUUUGGGUACUGAGGUUAAGGUUAGGUAGGUAGGAGCAGGAUGGCUUUCAUGGAUAUGUCGUCUGAAGAUAUUGACUAUGAAGGGAGCGAUAGCUCAGAAGAAAACAGUGAAGAACAAAACUACAGAGUUCGGCUCUCAUCAGCAAAUUAUACAGAGGUGGGUUUUACAAACAAGAAAGAGGUGAAUAAGAAGAGGGUGAAGAGGGUUGUGUCCUGCAAGAGAAAAACACGUCACCUCACUCUGACCUCAGGAGUACGCAGGAGGCCAUCAAUAAAUGCCAAAACGUUUGAUGCAUUCAGCAAGGACAGUGAACAGGCUGGCAAAGCAGAAAUGCUAGAGGGAGGCUGCCGUGAAUUGCAUCUCAGCGUGCCUCAGGACAGUAGGAUGGAGGAAGACAGCGUCAUAUACUGUGACUACUUUUCAGCGAUAUCAAAGGACCACAAGCAAGUGACAGAAAUUCUCUUUGGACGGAAUCUGAAGCUCAACAUAGCCUUAACGCUUUGGAGAAGAAAUAUCGGAGAACUACUUUCAUUUCUUAUAAAAAUCCGGGAUUUCAGUGUGCUUGUUGACUGCCUACCAGUAUUUACCAAAAGCCUUCACGCUAAAUGUGCCUAUGUGUCUGUUGGCUUUUGUGUGGAUAUUUUCCCUCUGGUGAAAAAUCUUCUCAGAAGUCAUUAUGAAGAUUAUCUCAUCACCGCCCUUCUGUGGAUUCAGGCAGUGUUGACAAAAUGGCUGCCACAGCUAUCACAAGUUGAUGGGGGUGAAAUUGGCAUCUUUUCUCCUGAUUAUAAGAAUAUCCAGGCUAUCAAGCAACAACUGCAAGGACUGUGGAGACAGGAGCAUCAGCUAUAUUUCACCACUGAAGCCACAACAGAAAUAUGGAAGACCAUUCAGUCACAACUGUAUCAGCUAUGA